CAUACACACACACGCUUUUGCUCUCCACUCACUGCAAGCAUGGCUGGCGACUCUGAAACACAUCUUCAGGACAGAGAGGAGGAGAACGGCCACACCAUCCGACAGCCUUUCCUCAUCGGUGUGUCUGGAGGCACCGCCAGUGGAAAGUCUUCAGUAUGUGAGAAGAUCAUGGAGCUGUUGGGCCAGGAUAAAAUUGACCGUCAUCAGCGGCAGGUGGUCAUCCUCAGUCAAGACAGCUUUUACAUGGAGCUCACGCCUGAACAGAAGGCCAAAGCACUCAAGGGCCAGUUUAACUUCGAUCACCCAGAUGCUUUCGACAAUGAGCUCAUCAUGAAGACUCUGCGCGACAUCAUUCAGGGGACCACUGUGCAGAUCCCAGUUUAUGACUUUGUUACCCAUUCCAGGAAGGAUGAGUUUGUGACCGUGUAUCCAGCGGAUGUGGUUCUCUUUGAGGGGAUUCUCAUGUUCUACUCGCAAGAGAUUCGAGAUCUGUUCCAAAUGAAGCUGUUUGUGGACACGGACCCAGACACGCGCCUCUCGCGAAGAGUGUUGCGGGACAUCAGUGAGAGAGGCAGAGAGUUGGAGCAGGUUCUGAACCAGUACAUCACCUUUGUGAAGCCGGCCUUUGAGGAGUUCUGUCUUCCUACCAAAAAGUAUGCGGACGUCAUCAUCCCUCGAGGAGCAGACAAUCUCGUGGCUAUCAAUCUGAUCGUGCACCAUAUUCAGGAUUUCCUGAACGGAGGAUUCAUCAAACGACAGAACGGUCUACAGAACGGCCACGGGACACCCAGACAAAGAAGGACGUCCGAGUCGAGUAGACCUCACUGACCUCGCUGUGACCCUUCCCUCCAUUGAGGAGAGGGCAGAACUGAAUAAUUCACAGUGGCAUCCCGUUGAGAAUAAGGGGAUGCAGGAGCUGAAAUGCCUUUGUUGUUGUUACUAUUAUUUGCAUUUGAAAUGUUGUUGUGGAUAAUUGUUUGCUUUUAUAGUUUUUCAGAGGGUUUUGAUGGUGCUGUAUGUUUUUGGAAGAUUUGAUUACACACUCGACCUGUCCUGUCAGUAUCUAUGGUUUCUCAGCUACUCGGAAAAUAAAUGAAUAGUAUGGAA